CGUGCCAAUGAACAGCGACACUAUUCGCGGGAAAGCAUUGUCGGUUUCGCUUUUCGGCGGGCUUAGGUCACCGUUCAUCGACACAAUGUCCGUCGACGAUUUUGGAAGCUCGUUAGGAAAUGGUUGUUCUGGAGACAACAAGGAAGUGUUUUUGGACGAACUAGGAGUGUUUGGAGUAGAGGAAAUUACGCCCAGCUGCCUGUCGAAAUUGAGCGAGCUGUGCCUCGUUUACGAGUCGGCACCCGAGACGAUCGCGUCAUCAUGGAUUGCUUUCAGCAUCAAAAAGGGCAUCCACGUCGGCGACAUGACAGUGGCACUGCUAGAUCAAAUGGAACAAGAGGUUUUAGUCAAAGACAACUCCAAAUCAUCCGCUAAAACGCCGGUUUCAAGGAAGACUACUCCGAGGAUAUUCACUGCAAAUGCAAGCAGCAAUAAUUAUGAUGCUGGUGAUGAAAUCUUGGAAAGCUAUGGUGUCAGCAAAGAGAGUUUGAAGAAGCACCAAAGAACUCCUGAAGCGCCUGUUAGUAAGCGCUUCGUGUCAUCCAGCGGAAGCCCUUCUGUUGUCUUCUCACCUGCAUCAUUCUCUCCAAAAUGUAUAAACCAGUCAGUGAAGUACUCAUCACGUUCCACCUCUGGAGGUGUUGUUGCACACCUCAGGAACCACGAGAACCCUGUGUGGAUGUGUAGCAGCGACCUUGAUGUGCAAGUUGGUCUAGCCUAUGCCGGGUCCGUCUGCAAGCCUGACGUCAUGUAUAUGUUUGAAAAGCUGAAGGACAAAGCCGCAUGUCUUUGUGACUCGGCCAGUGACCUGGCAGAGCACUACCAGAAGGAAGAGAUGGAUGAGACGGAUGUCUUUGUGAACAUUUCUGAACUCAUUCUGGAGGACAGCUUUGUCACGGGAAGAGUACUGUGUGACAGCUGUGGGAAGAUGAAUGCUAGUUCACUGAUCCUUGAAGGUAGCGAGAGUAGCAAUGGUCAGUCUGUCAAGCUGGAUGUUUCCAAGUUGCAGCAGUACUCUCUGUUUCCUGGUCAGGUAAUUGUUGGCAAAGGGACCAAUCCAACUCAGAAGACCCUUGUUCUGAAAGAGUUGUUCGAUGGCAAAAUGUUGCCGUUCUCUAACCAGUCACCGCCUCUGAAAGGACCUUUGCAUAUGGUGAUUGCUGCGGGACCAUACACAACGUCUGACACCCUCAGCUUUGAGCCUUUGGUUGACUUCACAGCCUACAUCAUUAAGCACCAGCCUCAUGUUUGCAUUAUGAUGGGACCCUUUGUAGACAGCCGUCAUGAGUUGAUCCAGAAGGGGAACCUACCUGAUACAUAUGAAACAAUAUUCCAAAAUCAAAUUGAUGCACUGGCUAAUGCAUUACAAAAAACAAGGACGCAGGUUGUCCUAGUGCCCUCUAACCAGGAUGUACAUCAUGACCAUGUCUUCCCAACGCCACCAUUCAGACUUGGAAAGAAAUAUGAGAAAAUCAUCUGUGCUCCUGAUCCUUGCCUUCUCGACAUCGGUGGCUACAUUGUUGGGGCUACCAGUGUAGACAUAUUGAUGCACCUUGGCAGGGAAGAGAUAUCCUUCUCUCCAAAGCUGCCCGACAGGCUGUCUCGUCUUGCAAAGCACAUCCUGACUCAGCAGAGCUUUUACCCACUCUACCCACCAUCCGAAGACGUGAACGUUGAUCUGUCUCACCUUGAUGAUAGCGGCCGUCUGACCGUGACUCCACACUUGCUUGUGCUGCCGUCCGAUCUCAAAGGCUUUGCCAAGGACGUGGACGGCUGCAUUUGUGUGAACCCUGAGCACCUGACGAAAGGUGUCGUUGGAGGAUGUUUUGCCCGUGUUAUGGUGAAUCCAGUGGAUCAGGAGAUGUACACUGGAAGCAUGGCUGCGAAGACUACAGUUGAAGUCAUCCGGAUAUGAAAUUGAUGUCACUUACUUUUUUAAUACAUUUGGCACCCAUUUCUCACAUUUGAUCCUGACGGGACCGAGGAAAUUAUUUGAAUUAUCCAGCGGGUUGAAUUAAACAAGAUGCAGAAAAAAACGACAGAACACCACUAAUUUGGCAGUAUUUGCUCGAGCUUAAAAAGCCUCCAAAUCAAACAUGCCUCAAAAUUC